AUGUCGACGGUGACCCGUGCCUACCUCGAUCAGAAGCUCGCCGCCGCCAGGCGCUGCUCCAGAGAGGCCGCCGUGGCGGGAGCCAAGGCCGCGGCCGUCGCCACCGUCGCUGCCGCAGUACCUACACUGGCGAGCGUGAGGAUGCUGCCGUGGGCGAGGGCGCACCUGAACCCCACAGGCCAGGCGCUCAUCAUCUCCACCGUCGCUGGGAUGGCCUACUUCAUCGUUGUCGAAAAGACCAUCCUCUCCAUGGCCAGGAAGCACUCCUUCGACGACGCGCCAGACAGCGAGUGCUGUACUGCGCUGCUCUGCGUGCAGAAAACCGGACAAUAG